AGGUAGAUGCUUCUGGUUUCUGUCGAGCAGAAGCCAAGGAUGCUGAUGAAGAUCCUGCAUUGUCCAGGAUGCCCCCUCCCCCACCAACAAAGAAUUUCCUGAUCCCACAUGGAACGUGGUGCCCCUGGCUGAGCGUAAGAGGAAGCCCAAGUUCUCCAAGGAGGAGCUGGACAUUCUGGUCACGGAGGUGACCCACCACGAAGCAGUUCUCUUUGGGAGGGAGACCAUGCGGCUGUCCCAUGCCGACAGGGACAAGAUUUGGGAAGGCAUAGCUCGGAAAAUCACCUCCGUCAGCCAGGUCCCCCGCUCCGUCAAGGACAUUAAGCACAGAUGGGAUGACAUGAAACGGAGGACCAAGGACAAGCUGGCCUUCAUGCAGAAGUCCCUGUCGGGCCCAGGGGCCGGGGGCCGGGCCCCCGCCAUCGUGCUCACUGCCCACGAGAGGGCCAUCGAGUCAGCGCUGCUCACAGCCCGGUCCGGGCGCGGCUUCCCCAGGGUGGAACUGGAUGGUACCGACAGCCCUUCGACCAGCUAUGAUGAAGAUGAGGAGACGCCCGGGCCCUCGAGGCAGCCCCUCCGGGGGCCCCUGCAGCCGUCGCCAGAGGAAGAGGCCUGCCUGGCCAGGCCCACCCUGCUCCUCUCUUCUUCCUCCUCUGACCAGUCCGAGACAGUGGGCCGCAAGCCCGAGGCCCUGCCCCGGCCCUCGCCUCAGGCCCAGGCCACCUGCAGGGCCCCUCGGCCGCACCCCGGCCCACCCAGCACAGGCCUAGACUGGCAGCUGUUCCACACCCACACCCAGCAGACUGAGGUGUUUCGGCAGUUCUGCCAGGAGCUGGUGACCGUGCACCGGGACAUGGCAAGCGGCAUGCAGGCCAUCGGCCAGGCCAUGGCCGAGCUGACCAGCCGUGUCAGCCAGAUGUGCCAGACGCUGACAGAGAUCCGGGAUGGGGUCCAGGCAUCUCAGCGGGGGCCUGACGGGGCAGCGCCCGCAGGCUCCACCCCCCGGGCCGAGGCUCCCCCAGCGGAGCCCCCAGAGGCGCCCCCAGCGCCGGCCCACGCACGGACUACCAGGUCUCGGAAGAGAAAGCACAGUUUCUGAGCCGGCCAGUCUGCGCUGGGAGGAAGAGAGAUGGAGGAGGGGUGUCUGGCCCUGAGACAGGGGCCAGCCUCUUGUGUCCAAGAUCGAAGACGCUUGUAGGGUGUUGGGGGGACUGUCAUCUCCUCACUGCGUACAGGUUGGCUGCCCUGGGCUCAGCCCUACUCCCUCAUCUUUGGCAGGUGCUCAAGAUGCAGGAGAAGCUGCCUGCCUGAUGCUUGCUUGGCCUGAGGGUCGGCCUCCUCCUGGUCUGCACCCCACAGCAGCAGGCCUUGCAGGGAAAGGGGGAGCGAGAGUGGGGGGCAUCCGAAUGGAAUCCCGUUCUCCGUCCUCAGGGCUGCCGCAUCAGCCUCCCUGGCCCUGAGGCUGCUGCUUUCGAGGAGGGUGAGGCCUGAGAAUGGGCAAGCAGAGCUCAGCCCUUCCAGGAGGGGUCUGUCCUCCCCUCCCCCAGGGCUCUGAGCCCCGGUGGGUGGCGCCCCAGCCUUGGCCUUCCGCUUGCCCUCGCUCGUGUGCUCAGCUGCCAUGCUUGCCUUUUGUGGAGCUGGGAGAAGAGGGGGGUGACGUCGGAGGAAGGGGAAGACUACCUGGCAUUCUUAGAGCACUUUAUGUUUCUCCCUGCGCUCGCAGACGUGUGAUCUCAGUGGGUCCUCAGGACAGUGCGCGAGGCAGCCACGUCGGGUACUGUGAUCAGCUUUAUUACCAUCGUCAUCUGCAUUUCAUACACAUGAAACAGUAGUCGGUCGCGGGGCCAGGACUGGAAGCCAGGUCUGUGGAUUUUUCCAGCUCCCCUGUCAGAGACCAGAUGUGGGACUUGGGAGGGGGGUUGCUCCUGCCCCUGCCCAGCUCUUCGGGGUUUCAGUGGGAGGCCACAGCAGCGUUCAGGGCGCGAGUCCACCCCACCCCGCCCCGGCACGAAGGCUGGCAGCCAGUGGCUGGGGAGAAGUCGGGCCUAGGUCUCGGGAUCCAGAAGGCGACCCCUCCUCUGGCCCCUCCCAAGCCCAGCAGGGCUCCUGUCCCGUUCCAGGUCCCAGCAUGCCUUGCCUCUGCUUGCUUGGGCUGCGUAUGCAUUAGCUACACACAUCUCGAAGCUUCGUGUUUGGGUUUGGAGUGUGGGGAGAGAGCCCGGUUCUUAGAGUUAGGUCGGGAGGCGGGGAGUGGCGGAUGCAAGCUCAGCUCUGACGUGGGUGCAGCUCAGCUGUGUGUCCUCUUUGCUCCCUGGCCUGAGGCUGACUCAUAUCCCAACCCUCCAUCCUGCCACACCUGCCCCCUAGAGCCAGAGUUGGGUGGGGGCUGGGAGGACUGCUAUGCCCAGGGCCUGCUGCCGCCAUUCCUGGAGUCCUGCUUCUCACCCCAGCCCAAGCUUAGCCCCGUGGCGGGAGAAUGGAGGGCAACUGCAACGUCCCUGUGUCCUGGGCUCCUUCUCCCAGCCUGUGGUUCUCUGGGGGUUCCUGCUCCCCCUGUCCGACAGCCCGAUGGCUUGACUAUUGCCUGGCAUUGCCUUGCCCUCCGAUGCUGGAAUCAAAGAUUGCCUUCCCAAGUAUUUUUGUUAAGAUGGCAAUAAAAAGAAAUUGAUCUCACACUUGGAACACACCCGGUCUCCAGGAUCU